AUGGAUGCCAUUGUCGCCGCGUCGGACGACGCCUCGCUCCUGCACCUCCGCUCGGCGUGCCGCGGGUUCCGGGACCGCGUCGACCGCCUGCUUGCCCACCACGUCCAUAUCACCUGCCUGUCGCCGCACCCGACCCGCGCCACCGAGCGCGUCCACAUCACGUCCCAGCUGGGCCGCUUCCCUGGCUUUUCGCCGUGCGUGUACUACUGGGACGCGAUGGGCCGCAUGCCGUGGCCGCCACCCACGCCGCCGCCCGUGCUGCACCGCCAGGCCCAGGUGCUGCGUCACACGCGCGUCGCAGACAUCCACGGCGCGCUCCCGGAACCUGCUGCUGCGUGGCUGGGCCGUAACCUCGGCCGUGGCCACAUUGAGACGCUCCGCCUCUUUCCAGACGCGCGGGGCCGGACCCUCCGUGCCGGUCUCCCAGGCCCUGUCGACACGCUUGUCCUGUUCCCGGUGCCGCCGCCCGUGCGCAUACCGCUCGGUCUCGGCGCGCUCGUCCAGCUCCAGCCCGAACACGCCGUCCUCGCACCCACAGGCGUGCGGCGGUUCGUCGUCCACGUGCGCGUGGAUGACGGCCCGCUCGCGUUCCCGCUCUCGUUCAAGGCCGGGCGCGACGUCGCCGAGGUCGUCCUCGGCUUCACCCGCGUGCCCGGGUUGAAACCCAGCGAGGCGCCGUGCCCGUCCACGGCCGACCGCGCCGGCGAGCUCGCAGCGUACAUUCUCGGCAUGAUGCCGUUUCUCUCUGCCAACAUUACGCUUGUGGGGCUCGACGACGUCGACCCAGCCCUGUCCAGCGGCGUCCUGCGUAAACGCAUCGUGGAGCUGCUCGACUUUUUGGGCCUCAACGACAAGUUUGUGCUGCACCCGCAGCAGGCGCCGCCCAAGCCCAAGGACUGGUCGUGGGCCUGGAACUCGCGCCAGAUCCAGGACCGCGUGCUCUGCCUCUCCAAAGAGGACUAUGCGGACACUGUCGGUCCUGACCAGUGGGCCGUGGAGAUGGAGGAGUGA